AUGGAGGCGCGGAUGUGGGGAGUCUGCCGCCACUCCUCCACCCUCUCCCACCCCAGCAUGCCUUGCGCCAAGGGGCACACGGUGAUCCGGUCCGCCGCCAACGCCGCCCUGCCCCAGAUGAUGAUGUCACAGCGUGUCAUCGCCCCAAACCCCGCCCAGUUCCAGGGACAGAGGGUCCCACCCAAGCCUGGCAUGGCCUCCAGCCAGCAGGUGGCAGCGUCCCAGCGCUCCAGCUCCUCGGCCAUCUACAUGAACCUGGCGCACAUGCAGGCGGGGGGCGCCGGCGGGGUGGGGGGCGUGGGCGUGGGGGCGGUCAGCCCGUCCGCCCUCCCCAGCCCGGGCGUGGGGUCCCUGGGGGACCAGGUGAGCAGCCAGGCGGCCGCCAAGCUGGCCCUGCGCAAGCAGCUGGAGAAGACCCUGCUGGAGAUCCCGCCGCCCAAGCCCCCCGCGCCCCUCCUCCACUUCCUGCCCUCCGCCGCCAACAGCGAGUUCAUCUACAUGGUGGGCCUGGAGGAGGUGGUGCAGAGCGUCAUCGACAGCGCGGGUAAGCUGCGGGGGGCGCUGUCCCGGAUGGAGCCCUUCUUCUGCGGCCAGUGCCGGACCGACUUCACGCCCCACUGGAAGCAGGAGAAGGGCGGGCGCAUCCUGUGCGAGCAGUGCAUGACGUCCAAUCAGAAGAAGGCGCUGAAGGCCGAGCACACCAAUCGGCUGAAGAACGCCUUCGUCAAGGCCCUGCAGCAGGAGCAGGAGAUCGAGCAGAGGCUCCAGCAGCAGGCCCUCUCCCCCGGCUCCGCCCAGCCCAGCGUCAGCAAGGCCGAGACCAUGAUCCGACACCAGGCGCUGCGACAGGCCCCCCAGCCCCAGGCCUCUCUCCAGCGGGGGCUGUCCAGCUCCGCGCGCGGGGUGCUGUCUAACUUCGCCCAGGCGUCCCAGCUGUCCGUGGCCAGCAGCCUCAUGGGACUGACCAACAAGCAGCAGCGCUGCGGCGGGGGCGGGGCCAGCGGGGGCGGGGCCAGCAGGUCGCAGCACGAGAGCCGGCGCCAGCUCUACAACAUCCCCGGGCUGAACAUUGCCUACCUGAGCCCAGGUGGAGUGGCCGGGCUGAAGGGCUCCAGCCUGGCUGACAGACAGAGGGAGUACCUGCUGGACAUGAUCCCGCCCCGCUCCAUAUCUCAGCCAAUCACGGGCCAGAAAUGAGCCCAGACCACACCCACUCCCCCUUCCCCCAUCACCCAUAGCAACGCCCCGCCCCCUGGCGCAUGCUCUUAGUGUCUGCAGAACCCGCUAACCCAUCCCAACAACACAAUCAGCAAGUAUAAAAGUCGCCAAGCUGUCGGUGAAGUCGCCUUCUUACUAGCAAAAUCAUCAAAAAUAUAAUUAUUAUUAGUAGUAUUAUUAUUUGUGUUAUUAGUAUUCAUAUUACAUAUUAGCUUUAUCGUUAUUAUUAUCGCUAUUGCUUCUGUUGCUGUUCCUAUUAUGUUUAUUGUUAUGCUAAUUAGUGCAUUUAUCGUUUAUUUUUAUUUAUUUAUGUUUUAUAUUUUUGUGAUGGGCGCUCUUAAGUGUCCCAAAAUUAUUAGUUUCCUCCUAUAUUUAAUGUUUGCUCCAGUCCCAUAGCCCCCACCCCCCCACAUCGCCCCACCUUCCCAAUCCUUCCCUCCCUUUCUCAAUCAACAGGGCUUUUCCUGGCUGGAUUAUAAAAAGACACCAUUUAAAAAAGCUAAACUAACGAAAGAAAACUGAACCUGAGAGGAGUGUGGAUUUCUGGGCUGUUGAAGCUCCCGCCGGCAGUCAGAGCCGACGGAGCGUCGCUGGAGCUCGGGGAGAUCCUCCGAAACAAGUCCCUCGGCCCGGCGUCCAGGCCAGAGGAAAAAGCGCACGUCUCCGCGGCCCACGCGACCGGUCCCCUUUCAGAAACGUACAGAACCUCGCCGGUCCUGUGGAAUCGGGACCCGUUGAUGGAAUAACUUUUGACGGAGGACCUGCCGACGCGAUCCCGGCCUGACCCCUCCGGGUUAGACUGACGCCCGGACUCCAGCUCACCUAAAACAGGAGCACGUGUAGGCUACGCCAUAGGUGCUACAGGCAAAUAUAGGGCUUUGAGCUGCCGCUUGGCUGUGGUCUGUUGGCAUGACAACUGGUUGAGAGAGGAGGGGGAACGUUCUACUCGUCAGUUUGGGUUUUUUUGGGGGUUUUUUUUUUUGUUGCUAUGAGCGUUCGGACGGUUUCGUGCCUGGCACGGCACAAUUCAACGGGAAGUGGCGGUGUUUUUUUUUUUUUUUUUUUUUUUUUUUCUCCACAGACGUUUGGAGCUUGGUGCAGACUCCUAGGUCUGUUUUUCGUUUAUGCUGUCCUUCGCGUGAUCGGAACUGAUGGGAAAAGACUUGGACGGGGGCAGAGAAAGAGAGAGAGCUGGUUAAUGUCGGGAUGGUUUUCACGGCUUCAAGCUGGCCUCUCGGCGUUUUUGAUAUUAUUGUUUCAUUUCCGGCGGCGUCUCCCGUGGAAACCGUUGUGUGCCUGAGAGGUACUUUCCCGGGAGACGAUAAUGUUAAAACUAACGAAAAGAUAAAGCGAUAAAAAUAUCAAAUAUCUAUAUAAAAUAUAUAUAGAUGAAAAUAUAGAAUGAGAUGGUUUUUAUCUAUAAUAGCAAGUCACGGAUCAAUCAUUCUGUAUGCACAGGAGAACCCUCCAGGGCACUUUGUUAGAAAGAGCAGAAAAACGGAAAACGUAGAGAGACAUUACAAUUUGCGGGUUUCUGGCGUGGGUUGUUUACGAGAGAGUUUGGAGACUGAAUCAGGGUUUCUCCUUUCGGCAAAUGUUUUCUAAACUAUGAUUUUUUUUUAUCCCCGCUAGUUAUUGUCGUCUGAGCGAUCCACACGUUAAUUAAGCUGGAUGGAGAGUGAGAGAGGGAACUGAUGGGGCGGGGGAUGGAAACGGGACAUCGAGGGAGCUUCCGUGCAUCGAGGGGAGCUGGUCACCCGUGUGAUUUAAAUAAAGGUAGCAUUAAAUAUAACGCCCUCUUGAGGCUGGGCAUUGGUCAAUCCUUCAAGGGGUCUGUGCUUUAGCGACUGGUUCAGUCAGCCUGGACUCUGGGGGCGACGCGUUAAGGCCCAGUGUUCAAUAGGGGGUUAAAAAAAAAUAGACACAGUAUUCUAACACUGAGCAGUAUUACAUUCAAACUGGAUUAAACCAGUCACUGAGCUGCCUAGGACAGUGAGGCCGGACUGGCCGCCUCGCUGAGAACAUAAACGCCCAGUACCAUCGAGUCCCGGCGACUUUGAGGCUGUUUGUGUUCCGUCCACACGGGCCUGCGUAAACGUGCAACGCGGUUCGGCCGCCUGCUUUUCUGUAACUCCCGUAGGUCGGUUCAGUCCACCGGGACGGGGCGAG